CCCUAGUGGGUUUGGUUGCAGCGCGGCUUUGGCGCAUUUUCGGCUGGUUUGAUUCAUCCAUUUUGAAGAGACGGGGGAGCGGGGGGCUCGUCUGAUUAAGGGGCCCUGAACCAAGAAGCAGCGGAGUUUGAGAAGCCAGCAGCCCGGGGUUCGGCGGCAGCGGCCCCAUCGGCCGAAGUUGGGGGGGGUGGGGCGCCGAGCGCGCGGGGUGGGGGGGGUCCUGGUCUUUGGCUUCUCGACUCGGUCCUGUUUCGACAGCGAACAUGUCUCGGCCUGUCAGAAAUAGAAAGGUGGUUGAUUAUUCACAGUUUCAGGAAUCUGAUGAUGCUGAUGAAGAUUAUGGAAGAGAUUCAGGGCCUCCAGCUAAGAAAAUUCGGUCAUCUCCCCGAGAAGCUAAAAAUAAGAGGCGAUCUGGAAAGAAUUCACAGGAAGAUAGUGAGGACUCCGAAGAAAAAGAUGUGAAGACCAAGAAGGAUGAUUCUCACUCAGCAGAGGACAGUGAAGAUGAAAAAGAAGAUCAUAAAAAUGUGCGCCAGCAACGGCAGGCAGCCUCUAAAGCAGCUUCCAAACAGAGAGAGAUGCUCAUGGAGGACGUGGGCAGCGAAGAAGAACAAGAAGAGGAAGAUGAGGCACCGUUCCAAGAGAAAGAUUCCGGCAGCGAUGAAGAUUUCCUCAUGGAAGAUGAUGAUGAUAGUGACUAUGGCAGUUCAAAAAAGAAAAACAAAAAGAUGGUUAAGAAGUCCAAACCUGAGAGAAAAGAAAAGAAAAUGCCCAAACCCAGGCUAAAGGCUACAGUGACUCCAAGCCCUGUGAAAGGCAAAGGGAAGGUGGGUCGCCCCACAGCUUCCAAGGCAUCAAAGGAAAAGACUCCUUCUCCCAAAGAAGAAGACGAGGAACCAGAAAGCCCUCCAGAAAAGAAACCCUCUGCCAGCCCUCCACCUGAGAAAUCUGGGGAUGAAGGGUCUGAAGAUGAAGCCCAGUCUGGGGAGGAUUAAAAAAGUGAUGAUGGUUUGGGGAGAGAUUUUAUUAAAAAAAAAGAGAAAAAAAAAAAGAAAAA